CCUCCCGAGACCCGCCGGGGGCGUGGCCUCGCGCGGCUCUGGCGGGUCCCGCCGGCCUCCGCAGCUCCGCCCCUGGUCACGUGCGGCCCGCGGUGCGCUCGCCUUCGCGCGGCUCCUCGUGGCCACCGUAGAGGGCGUGCGGCGGCCGCAGGGACGGAAGCCGGGAGGCGCCGCCGACCGCGCCUGCGACAGCGUCAGCUCUGCGCGGAGCGCCGGCCCAUGGCGGCGGCGGCGAUGGCAGAGCAGGAGGGCGCCCGCAACGGCGCCCGCAACCGCGGCGGCGUCCAGCGCGUGGAGGGCAAGCUGCGCGCCAGCGUCGAGAAGGGCGACUACUACGAGGCGCACCAGAUGUACCGGACCCUCUUCUUCAGAUACAUGUCCCAAAGCAAGCAUGCGGAGGCCCGAGAGCUCAUGUACUCAGGGGCAUUGCUCUUCUUCAGUCAUGGCCAGAACAGUGCAGCUGACCUAUCCAUGCUGGUCCUCGAAUCCCUGGAGAAGGCUGAGGUGGAUGUCGCCGAUGAGCUGUUGGAAAAUCUGGCCAAAGUGUUCAGUUUGAUGGAUCCAAAUUCUCCCGAGCGAGUAGCUUUUGUGUCCAGAGCCCUGAAGUGGUCCAGUGGAGGGUCCGGGAAACUGGGCCAUCCUCGGCUCCACCAGCUGCUGGCCCUCACGCUGUGGAAAGAGCAAAACUACUGUGAGUCUCGGUAUCACUUUCUGCACUCCACUGACGGCGAGGGCUGUGCCAACAUGCUGGUCGAGUACUCCACCGCCCGAGGCUUCCGAAGUGAGGUGGACAUGUUCGUGGCUCAGGCUGUGCUACAGUUUCUCUGUUUGAAAAACAAGAACAGCGCGCUGGUGGUAUUCACUACGUACACACAGAAGCACCCGUCCAUCGAGGAUGGGCCGCCCUUUGUUCAACCCCUGCUCAAUUUCAUCUGGUUCCUGCUGCUGGCUGUGGACGGUGGCAAGCUGGCUGUGUUCACAGUGCUGUGCGAACAGUACCAGCCGUCCUUGCGGAGGGACCCCAUGUACAACGAGUACCUCGACAGGAUCGGACAGCUCUUCUUCGGUGUGCCGCCAAAGCAGACGUCCUCCUAUGGAGGCUUGCUAGGGAACCUGCUGAGCAGCCUCAUGGGCUCCUCGGAGCAGGAGGAGGGGGAAGAGAGCCAGGACGACAGCAGCCCCAUCGAGCUGGACUGAAGCUCCCUGGCCAGCGUGGAGAUGCCCAUGGCCGGCACCGCUGGGACGGAUUCAGUGCCAGGCUGGGCACGAGGCCCCUUACCAGUGAGCUUCUGCUCUGCGGCUGGAGGGGCCACCUGUGCAGAUUCUGUCCCUAUUUAUCUAUGGUGGUUGAAGGCUGUGUGGCCAGGACAGAGAGCAAGGCCCAGCUCCUGCUGGCCAACCGUGUUCCUUCAGAUCACCCACAAUAAAGCGCAGGCCUUGCUGCAGCA